AUGCUAAAAGUUGAAGUUUUAUUUGCUUCCUUCGCUUCGGGAGAGGGUGCUUGUUCCGUGAUAGUCGUACUUAUCUCUCAUUGGCUUCACUGUAACCCGAAUCUAAUCCCCACAAGGCUACAAUUUGAAUCUUUAAUCAUCCAAGGCUCCUCUGAAUGGCGAGUACUUUGCACUGAAAUUUCUUACUAUGGUCACUUUGACAUAGAGACCGUGGUAAAUGCUGGUAUUAAACCACUCUCUAUUUGCGCAAAUAAAUCUAUCAUGGGAAUUUUGGGGGUUGAAAAGUUCGAGCCAUUGAAGGAUCUUUUCUCUUUAGACGAAAUGUGGGAGACCAUAACAAAGAACUUAACAACAGAGCCAAGAGUAUUCAUCGUGGGCUGGGAUGAUCAUUUCUUUGUACUGAAAUUAGAACUUCAUGCUUGUUAUAUUUUCGAUUCGUUUGGAGCAAGAUUGUUUCGAGGGUGCAACAAGGCUUAUGUUCUUAAGUUUGACGAGUCAAGUGUCAUUUUUGGCUCUGAUCAAAAAACUGUACUUUGUGCUGGUAAAGAGUGUUGCAAGGAGUUCAUGAAGAAAUUUUUUACUAAUAGUGUUGUCAUGGUUCUUAAAAAGGAAUACGAAAAGGGAUGCAUUCAAUUACCACAUCUUUAUGAAAAAUUGCAAGUGAAUAUGAGCUAUAUGUGCUUGAAUACUAUAUCGUCGUCAAUAUUAUCGUCUUCCUCUGAUGCUCCUUCUCGUAAUGAAAGUGAUAUUCAGUCACUUCCCUAA